AACCCGUCCUCAACUCAUCCUCAAACCGCCCUCAGAAGUCCUCAACCUGUCCUCAACCCGUCAUCAGAAGUCCUCAACCCGUCCUCAACUCAUCCUCAAACCGCCCUCAGAAGUCCUCAACCUGUCCUCAACCCGUCAUCAGAAGUCCUCAACUCAUCCUCAAACCGCCCUAAGAAGUCCUCAACCUGUCCUCAACCCGUCAUCAGAAGUGAUCAACUCAUCCUCAACCAGUCAUCAGAAGUACUCAACCCGUCCUCAAACUGGCCUCAACCCUCCUCAAACUGUCCUCAACCCGUCCUCAGAAGUCAACAACCUGUCCUCAACCCGUCAUCAGAAGUCCUGAACCCGUCCUCUAACUGUCCUCAGAAGUCCUCAACCCGCCUCAAUCCUCCCUCAGAAGUUCUCAAACCAUCC